AAAAGAUGUGUGACUGGGGGAAGGGAAAUAGCCGCUUUAUCUAUUUAGCAUUACAGUAGGCUCCGGGGUUUCACUGGCUCUAUUGUAAAGAGGACCCCGCUGGGAAGGCUCAGUCGGAUCGGGCUGCACGUAUCGCUCCAGCAUUCCAUAAACUCCAUUUAGUGGAACGUUUCGCUCUCACGGUCACGGUGCUGGGGCUGCUCCCCCGUAGAUGUGACCAUGUUGUGCAGUGCAUGGCUUUGAGAGGAGGCGGAGUUGGCGAGUGACAGCGGAUCGGGCGUUUUGGUGUUCCUUGUGCACGGGCAACAGCACCCUCCACCCACUCCAGGGUGCCAUCACAUCAGUUGCCUGGCGGGGGGCACUUCAGUGCCUGCCUUCCUGCCCUGUGGAUUUAAUACCCCAUUCAUUGUAUCCCCCCUCCCCCCUUUUUCCUUUCCCUGCAGUACGCGCACGGCUGCUUUGGGCUUUGCUAUAUCUACAUUUCCAGUGCGUUGGUCCCUUUUGCAGCAGGGUGGAGGUCUCUCACUCCCCACCAGUCAGGAGGCAUGACUCUGGAGUCCAUCAUGGCGUGCUGCCUCAGCGAGGAGGCCAAGGAAGCUCGAAGGAUUAACGAUGAAAUCGAGAGGCAGCUCCGCCGGGAUAAGAGGGACGCCCGCCGGGAGCUCAAACUCCUCCUGCUCGGCACAGGAGAAAGUGGAAAAAGCACAUUUAUCAAACAGAUGAGAAUAAUCCAUGGAUCUGGUUAUUCAGAUGAAGAUAAAAGGGGGUUCACAAAGCUUGUCUAUCAAAAUAUAUUCACUGCAAUGCAAGCUAUGAUUCGAGCCAUGGACACCCUUAAAAUCCCAUACAAGUAUGAACACAACAAGGGCCAUGCACUGUUAAUUCGAGAAGUUGAUGUAGAGAAGGUCGCCUCAUUUGAGAAUCCUUAUGUAGAUGCAAUAAAGUAUUUGUGGAAUGACCCUGGCAUACAAGAGGCAUACGACAGGCGACGGGAGUAUCAGCUGUCUGAUUCCACUAAAUAUUAUCUCAAUGACCUGGACCGUAUAGCAAGUCAAGGAUACCUUCCUUCCCAGCAAGAUGUGCUGAGGGUUCGAGUUCCAACAACUGGAAUAAUUGAGUAUCCCUUUGACCUACAAAGUGUUAUCUUCAGAAUGGUGGAUGUAGGAGGACAGAGGUCCGAGAGAAGGAAAUGGAUACACUGUUUUGAAAACGUCACCUCCAUAAUGUUCCUUGUAGCCCUUAGUGAAUAUGAUCAAGUGCUGGUGGAAUCUGACAAUGAGAACCGAAUGGAAGAAAGCAAAGCGUUAUUUAGGACGAUCAUCACAUAUCCGUGGUUUCAAAAUUCCUCAGUCAUCCUGUUUCUAAACAAGAAAGAUCUUUUAGAGGAGAAAAUCAUGUACUCACAUCUAGUUGAUUAUUUUCCUGAAUAUGAUGGACCCCAACGAGAUGCACAAGCAGCAAGAGAAUUCAUUUUAAAGAUGUUCGUAGAUCUCAAUCCCGACAGCGACAAAAUAAUCUACUCACACUUCACCUGCGCCACAGAUACUGAGAACAUUCGUUUCGUCUUUGCUGCAGUCAAGGACACAAUCCUACAGCUAAACCUGAAGGAAUACAACCUGGUGUAAUGGUGCCUGCUAGCUCUCCCUGUUCCCUUUGGGCCAUUGAAGAAAUACAAGAUGGACUGUAUUAUCUAUAACAGAGAAAGAAACAAUUUGCAUAAUACUAAUUUAUUGCCGUCCUGGACUCUGUGAGUGGUCCACAGAGUUUGUAGUAAUUAUUCUGAUUUUAUUUAAAACUAUGUAAAGGAAACAAAAA